UCAAAAUCCACCAGACAGUAAUUUGGCAUUUGGUAAAUUCACAACAAGGUUACGAAAUACUGCGAUUAAAAUGCGAAUAUACGGGUUUCUAGGAAAGAAAGUUGGAGAUCUGACGAUCAAAUAUUCGAACUUCCCUGAAUCCUAUGUUAAAAGAAGCUAUGAGCAGGUGUAUUGGAAGAAUCCUUCGAACUAUCCACAAUAUCCAAAGGCUCAAAUAGCUCGUAAACAGUAUAGGUUUACGACAAACAGGCCUUGGACUGGUCAGUUCCGUUUGCAAAAUGACCGUAAUAUGCACAGGAAGAAAGUGUUCGUGGAACCCGUAGGCGACUGGAGCUUCUUCAAAGGUGACCGUGUGGAGAUAAUGGUUGGUAAAGAUAAGGGCAAGCAAGGGAUUAUCUCACAAGUGAUUCAGGAACGCAAUUGGGUCAUUGUGGAGGGACUCAACACACAUCUCAGAGUUGUGGGCAAAGACAGCAAGUUUCCAGGCAUAACCAUCCAGUCGGAGGCUCCUCUUCUGGUGACCACUGACGUCAAGCUGGUGGAUCCUGAGACUCUGAAACCUACCGAGUUCCAGUGGAGGUACACUGAGGAGGGAGACAAGGUGCGUGUAUCCAUGGCGAGUAGCAGAAUCAUCCCUAUCCCAAAAGCUUCGGAGGAGACUAUGGACUUCAAGAGCAAGGAGUUGUACAUUGAGAACGUUGAGAAGGACACCACAGCCGAUGCCGCUGUUAAGGUAACUUUCGCGCCAAAACUAAAGACAUUUGAAAUGGACAUUAUGGAGGAGAUGGGCAUCAAAGAGGACAGAGUUCCCGCCAAAUCUUACUGGUAUUAAUAUAAAUGUAGUAAUGUAAUAGUGAUCUUUGUAAAUUAUUAGUUUUAUUAAUAAACAUAACAACAUGUUUUAUUUAAUAAUAAAUGAUGUUUUCAAAAUA